CCGAAUAUUUUCCCUUUCUUUCUCCCCUUGUGCUUUCUCGUUCGUAUUUACUCCUCUCCUCCUUUCGAAAUUCACAAAUUACCAACCUCCCCAUAAAAGCCACGCCUUCGUGCUCCUCCUCUCUCUUCCUCCUCGCCCCCACCCCCCCCACCCCCUUUCGUCCCGCUCCCCCCAUCCUUCGCCGCCGACGCCGACGCCGACCGCCGUACGGGGGCCCUCCAGCGCAAUCUCCACGAAAUGGAGGACCCCUGUCUUUCUACGCAGCUUAUUGAUGGAGAUGGUGUUUUCAAUGUUUCUGGAUUGGAGAGUUUCCUGAAGGAAGUUAAAUUGGCCGAAUGCGGGCUCUCAUAUGCUGUUGUAUCAAUAAUGGGCCCGCAGAGUAGUGGAAAAAGUACACUUCUGAAUCAUCUUUUCCGCACCAAUUUUAGGGAGAUGGAUGCUUUCAGAGGAAGGUCACAGACAACCAAAGGUAUAUGGAUGGCGAAGGCCCAUAAUAUUGAACCAUGCACCCUUGUAAUGGAUUUGGAAGGCACUGAUGGAAGAGAGAGGGGAGAGGAUGACACAGCCUUUGAGAAGCAGAGUGCAUUAUUUGCUUUGGCUGUUUCGGAUAUUGUGUUGAUCAAUAUGUGGUGUCAUGAUAUUGGGAGAGAACAGGCUGCGAACAAGCCUCUUUUGAAGACUGUUUUCCAGGUCAUGAUGAGAUUAUUCAGUCCUCGCAAAACAACAAUGCUAUUUGUUAUUCGUGACAAAUCAAAGACACCUUUGGAAAAUCUUGAACCGAUUUUAAGAGAAGAUAUUCAGAAGAUAUGGGAUGGUGUUCCUAAACCCCAUGCCCAUAAAGAUACUCCACUCAGUGAAUUUUUUAAUGUACAAGUGGUGGCCCUUAACAGUUAUGAGGAAAAGGAAGAGUUAUUUAAAGAGCAGGUUUCCAAUUUGAGAGAUAGGUUUCAACAGUCUAUUGCUCCUGGCGGACUUGCUGGAGAUCGGCGUGGUGUUGUUCCAGCAUCAGGUUUUUCAUUUAGCUCACAGCAAUUCUGGAAGGUCAUCAAGGAGAACAAAGACCUUGAUCUACCUGCUCAUAAAGUUAUGGUGGCUACUGUGCGUUGUGAAGAAAUCGGCCAUGAGAAAGUUGCCACUUUUACAGCUGACGAGGAAUGGCAACAAUUUGAGGAGGCUGUUCAAAGUGACUAUGUACCAGGUUUCGGGAAGAAAAUCAGCAGCCUGCUUGAUAGAUGUUUAUCAGAAUACGACAUGGAGGCUAUUUAUUUUGAUGAAGGUGUCAGAACGUCAAAAAGACAUCAACUUGAGUCUAAACUCUUGCAGCUUGUCAAUCCUGCAUACCAAUCUCUUCUUGGUCAUUUACGGACUAGAACUUUAGAAGCAUUCAAAGAGUCCUUUGAUAAGGCUAUUGAAAAUGAGGGAUUUGCUGUUGCUGCUCGUGAUUCUACCCGGAUUUUCUUGGAGAAGUUUGAUAAAGGAUCUGAAGAUGCUACCAUUCAACAAGUGAACUGGGAUCCCUCAAAAGUUAAGGAUAAGCUUAAGCGUGACAUCGAGGCUCAUGUGGUGUCAGUUCGUGCUACAAAGCUAUCUGAACUUUGUGCCACAUAUGAGGGCAAACUUACCAAAGCUCUUGCAGAACCUGUUGAAGCUCUUCUAGAUUCAGCCAGCGAAGACACCUGGCCAGCUAUUAGAAAGCUUCUUCAGCGCGAGACAAAAGCCGCCGUUUCAGGUCUUGAAUCUGCUAUUUCAACUUUUGAGCUUGAUGAAGCUACUGAGAAAGAAUUGCUCCUGAGGCUGGAGAAUCACGGAAGGAGUGUUGUUGAAUCAAAGGCAAGAGAAGAAGCUGCAAGGAUCUUGAUCCGCAUGAAGGACAGGUUCUCGACGUUAUUCAGUCGUGAUGCCGACUCGAUGCCAAGAGUAUGGACCGGAAAGGAAGACAUCAAAGCAAUUACUAAAACUGCUCGUUCAGCUUCCAUGAAGUUGCUGUCUACGAUGGCUGCAAUUCGGUUGGAUGAAGAUGGUGACAACAUUGAUACCACUCUUUCCCUUGCUCUAGUAGAUGCUGCUAGGCCAGGGACUACAGAUAGAAGUAUUCAAUCGCUUGAUCCACUUGCCUCCAGUUCAUGGGAAAGGGUUCCAGAGGAGAGAACUUUAAUCUCCCCUGUCCAGUGCAAGUCUCUUUGGAGGCAAUUUAAAGCUGAAACCGAGUAUACCGUCACUCAAGCCAUAGCUGCUCAGGAAGCAAACAAGAGGAACAACAACUGGCUGCCUCCUCCAUGGGCGCUCGCUGCGAUGGCUCUCCUUGGUUUCAACGAGUUUAUGACAUUACUGAGGAACCCGUUUUACCUGGCCGUCAUUUUUGUAGUUUUCCUAGUCGGGAAAGCCAUGUGGGUACAACUAGACAUUGCCAACGAAUUCCGAAAUGGAUUUCUUCCAGCUCUCCUUUCGCUGUCGACAAAAUUUGUUCCGACAAUUAUGAACAUUCUGAAGAGACUAGCUGAUGAGGGGGCAGCGCCGGCAGCCCCAGAGAGGCAGAGAGAGACGGAACUCCAACCAAGGAAUAGUUCAAACAGCAACGUGACAUCAGCAGGUUCCUCCAGCAUAACCUCUUCAGAGAAUGGACCUGAAUAUUCAAGCCCGGUAGCACAAUGAGGAGGGGAUCCCUAGCUUUUAGCUGAAAACUCUACCCAGUUGUAGCUGCAACGGUUUGAGCCUAGGAGAUUGAAGUGCCUUGCGGUUUUUCUACGCUUGCCCUUCCCGAGCUGAUGUAUGAAAAUUAUGUGGAAGAGUCCACAGCUGUCAUAUAUGGAAUUUUGGGGCUGGGAAUCGUUUGUAAGAAACGUUGUAGAAUAACUUCCAUUUCAUCUUUUUUUUUUGGUAAUGUCAUAUAUGAUGGUUGUAUAGAUGAUUUGUGAUUAUUUUUGUUAUAUCCACCCAACCCAUGAGGACAGGAAAAA